AUGGCGAUGUCCAAGACGGCCAAUGGUAAUGCUACUUCGGAAGGCUCAAAGGAGCAGGCGAGCCAAGCCCUGCGGCAGCUCUUCCGACGCAACGGCGCGGCCAAAGACGACGCAGGUGAGGCUGGCGAAAUUGAUGUGAAGUUAGCCACGCUGUUGGAUCGUGUCCUCAAACCUACAGGUGCUUCAUCCAGCUCAAGUUCCAAAGGGCCCAUGCCGGUCACAAAACCGGCCAUGGAGACUCCAGAGGAGCUGGCUGAAAAGAUGGGCCCCGAGCCCUAUAGGAAGCCCCUGCCAGACAUGCCCAAGCGACGUCUGGUUCUGCCAGAAGAGGGUGGCCUUUCCGCCCCAAUGAAAGUUAAAGUAAAAGAAGCCCGCAAGGCAUUGCAAAAGAAAGAUCAGACCGUCACGCAGCUGACUUUGAGCCUGAAGCAGUGCCGCAAACAGGUGUGGGAUUUGCAAUGCGAAGCCAAUGCGGCAGAUAUGAAGGUUGCCCGAAUGCUUCAGAAGCGCGAAGGGGAGCUGCCAGAAGAAUAUCGGGAAGAGUUGGAACGGCUCAAGGAUAAGGAGGAAGAAAUUGCUGAUCAGCUCAGCACCGCGCGUGCCAACGCACAGCGCUGGGCCUCUGUGGCCAAAAGACAAGAUGCUAUGCUACAGCAGGACUCUGGGGAUGCUAUGCUUGUGAAAACAAUGCUAGUUAGUUACCUUUUUUCCUUGGUAGAAUCAUCUUCCAUGGAGCUGCUCGACAAGCUUGCCAUCUAUGUUGUGGCCGUUACCUUGCUCAUCAUGCUCGCGAAGCCUGCUUUGCCGAAGGUCACUUGGGGCUAUGAUUUCCUUCCGCAAAUGGCAUGUCAUAUGUGGUCCUUUCUGAUUGCCUGCAUCAUCCUCCUCUAUCUUGGAAAUGGAUCUAGCACAGAACAAUUUAUGGCCAUCGCAUCGUUCACGGCUUCUAUGCUCAUUGUGGCAAAUCUGGCUACAGUGGGUUACCCUCUCUACUACUCCGCUCCUGCCGUGGCGGCGUUGUGGGAGCUGAUCUAUGUCAUCCAGCGGUUUGACAAGUGA